AUGAAGCUGCUGAUUCUGACCGCUCUCCUGGGUCUCUGUGCUGCCCAGCACAACCCCCACACCAAGCACGGCCGGACGGCCAUCGUCCACCUGUUUGAGUGGCGCUGGGCCGACAUCGCCGCAGAGUGUGAGCGCUACCUGGGGCCAAACGGCUUUGGAGGUGUUCAGAUCUCCCCUCCCCAUGAGAGUAUCGUGGUGAACAGCCCCUGGAGGCCUUGGUGGGAGCGCUACCAGCCCAUCAGCUACAACCUGUGCUCCAGAUCAGGCAACGAGAACGAGCUCAGGGACAUGAUCGCCAGAUGCAACAACGUUGGGGUGAGAGAUUGCCAUCUGGUGGGACUUCUGGACCUGGCUCUGGAGAAGGACUUUGUUUGCGGGAAAGUGGCCGACUACAUGAACAAGCUGAUCGACAUGGGCGUGGCUGGCUUCAGGAUGGACGCUUGCAAGCACAUGUGGCCUGGAGAUCUGAGCGCAGUCUUCGGCCGCCUGCACAACCUCAACACCAGGUGGUUCUCCUGAGGCUCCAGACCCUUCAUUUUCCAAGAGGUUAUUGACCUUGGAGGAGAGCCCAUCAAAGCCCAUGAAUACUUUGGGCUGGGCAGAGUUACUGAGUUCAAGUAUGGCGCCAGGCUGGGGGGAGUCAUGCGCAAGUGGAAUGGAGAUAAGCUGUCCUACCUGAAGAACUGGGGUGAGGGCUGGGGCAUGAUGGCAUCAGACAAGGCUCUGGUGUUUGUGGAUAACCAUGACAACCAGAGGGGACACGGUGCUGGGGGAGCCUCCAUUGUGACCUUCUGGGACUCCAGGCUUCACAAGAUGGCCGUAGGCUUCAUGCUGGCCCAUCCCAAUGGGUUCACUAGAGUGAUGUCAAGCUACCGCUGGGACCGUAACUUCGUGAAUGGAAAGGACCAGAACGACUGGAUGGGGCCUCCCAGUCAUGGCGAUGGAUCCACUAAGCCCGUCCCCAUCAACCCUGACUCCACCUGUGGGGACGGCUGGGUGUGUGAGCACAGGUGGCGCCAGAUCAGAAACAUGGUGGGUUUCCGUAACGUGGUGAAUGGUCAGCACUUCACCAACUGGUGGGACAACGGAAGCAACCAGAUUGCUUUCGGACGUGGAAACCGCGGAUUCAUUGUUAUCAACAAUGAUGACUCGAACCUGGACAUGACUCUGAACACUGGUCUCCCUGGAGGCACCUACUGUGACGUCAUCUCUGGUCAGAAGGAUGGCGGCAGGUGCACCGGGAAACAGGUGAAUGUUGGGGGAGAUGGCCGCGCCCACUUCAGAAUCAGCAACAUGGACGAGGACCCCUUCGUCGCCAUUCACGCCGAGUCAAAGCUGUAAACGUCUCACGUGGCUCUGAAGACUUUCAUACUUACAUACAUGAUAUAAUAUUAAGUAGAGAUGUUAGCAGUAAAGGACCAUAUACAUUUGCUCACAACUUAACAAU